AUGGCCCGCCCGUUGGCCGUUCUGAUCCCCAGCAGCCACCACCAUCAAGAACAACGGAGCCACCCCAGACAGAAGCGCACACUCCUCUUCGCUGGGGAGACGGUGAUGCAUGGACACUUUCCUCCCCGGGUACACAAUGCCUCAACGAUCAAAGUCCAGGAUUCGUCAACCAUAAUGGGCAACCCUUGA